AUGGCGAUCACCAAAUCAGCUAUGAAUGGUUUCACUAGCUGCAACUUGGUCUGUCCACACAAUGUGCAAGCCGCCACGAACUCCAUCAUCUAUACGACAUCUGCUGUACCGCAAGAGAGAUCGAGGGACGACCCGCCUUCUCCCCCGCCUCAGCCUCCUCCAAGCCCUGUCGGUUGGAACCGUUCCAUCUCGCUCGAUUUCCUUGCGCCGCUUGAGAUCUGA